UGUCUUAAUUUUAUUAGCCAAUCAACACGCCAACGUGCUGCCCAACACCAGCACUAAUGACGACUGACGAGCUCACAAUGCCAAUGGGCCCACACUUCAGUGACUACUACCUCUGAGUCACGCCACCACUUCUCCGCCACUACCACCUACCAACGACUCUCGUGUGCUGACAACUAAGCACAGAAUCUGCGUUCCUCCUCGUCUGGUUUAGAGGUGUAUCAUCAUCAACAGCAGCAGAUGCAAUCACCGGACAUUGACCAUUAUUGAUGGCAUUCUUUCUAGCCUCACUUUCUUCAUGAGUUCUGAUAUCUCGCCAUUUUUUCUUUGUCCUGCAAAGAAGGGCCUAAUGAUCAAGGACCACCAAGAUCACAGAGGUAUUCAGAUCGAUUAGCCUGUGCGCAUUUCAGAAAAGUUCAGUGAGACAUGCUUGUGCUGUUGUGCAGAGCAGGGUGAGCUUAUAUACACAGAAGAAGAGCGUGGGUUACCCAGCUGAGGAACUCUUGAGCUGAAGGAGGCAGGAAGAACAGCAUGCUGCAGCGCGCGGCCAGCAAUGCGUAUUCAUGGUGGUGGGCUAGCCAUGUCCGCACCAAGCAGUCCAAAUGGCUUGACAACAACCUCAGAGUUUUUUCACAAUCAAAACGAUGCAUAUCAUUCUGCGCAAAAAAAAUGACCACGAAAUUGAAGACAGUAAAGUAAAGAAACAACAAGCUGAAACCACCUAUCAACCAAUUAACAGAUAUGGAAGAUCGGGUCAAGUGUAUUCUCUUCCUCCUCGGAGAGGAAGCUGAUUCUUUCGCUAAGAGGGCGGAAAUGUAUUACAAGCGACGACCAGAGGUGAUCAGUUCAGUGGAAGAAGCAUACCGGGCAUACAGGGCCCUUGCUGAACGCUACGACCAUAUGUCAGGGGAGUUACACAAAGCAAACCACACCAUUGCAACUGCCUUCCCGGAUCAGAUUCAGUAUUCACUGUUAGAAGAGGACGAAGAUAAUCCCCCAAAGGCUUUUACCACAGUUGAUCGUCAGAAAAUCCACAAGUCAACUGUGGAGGGACUCAUGAAGAAGAAGCAUGGUCAGAAAUCAGGACUGAAGGCUUCAGGCAAGAAAUCUGCAGCUCCAAUCAGCAAGGAUAAUGUGCAAGCUGAGAUUAGCAGGCUGCAGAAAGAGAUACUAGUCCUGCAGACGGAGAAAGAAUUUAUUAAAAGCUCUUAUGAGAGUGGAAUUGCAAAGUACUGGGAUCUUGAAAAGCAAAUUAAUGAAAUGCAGGAAGAAGUUUGCUACUUCCAAGAUGAGUUCAAUGAAAGUGCAGCAAUAGAGGAUCAUGAGGCCCAGGCUUUGAUGACAGCCACAGCUCUUAAAUCUUGUGAAGGUGCCAUUAUCAAAAUGCAGGAGCAACAAAAGUCAUUUUUCAGGCAAGCAAUGAUUGAGUCAGAAAGAGUUAAGGUUUCUAGGGAUAAACUGAAGGGUAUCUUCAGAGCACAUGGUAAAUCGCUAUCCUAUUCAGGAAAUUCUGCAGAUGAGAAUGUUAAUAAUGAUGCCAGUGCUAGGAAAGAUGAAUUGUUCUCUGUGAAGCAGGAGAAAACUGAACUCCAAGAACUGGUAGGUAGGAUCAAGGGAUACUUCGAGAUGAACUCUGACCUUUCUGUGGCAGAUAUUGCAGAGAAAAUUGAUGAACUAGUUAACAAAGUUGUGGAUUUGGAACUCAUGAUUUCAACACAGACUGCACAGAUAAAUAGGCUGUGUCUAGACAACAAUGAGCUGGAGAAGUCAUUGCAGAAAUUGGAGGAAGAGAAGACAGAACAAACCAGUGACCCGGGUGAAUUAAAUGACAAGCUCAAGCAGGCAGAAGAGGAGCUUAUGAGAGUGCAUAACCUUGAGGCAUCCUAUCAUGCAGAAGAAAGAAUAGUCUAUACAAAUUUCACGGAAACAAUAAAUAGUUUCUGUGAUAUUUCACAUAUGCUGCAAUCAUCACUCAUUGAGCACCAAGCAGUUUCUAGGUGCAUGCUGACUGAUGAAGCAACAGCAUCCACUGACACUGAACCAUCUAGUGUGCAUGGCAAAACAAGCCCAUCAUCAGAAGAUCCUGAGAUGGAUGAAACUGCAAGGAAGCCACAUGUGGAUGGAUGUCCUAAUCGUCCAGACACAUCAGAGCCAAGUAUCUUCCAUGGCGAUCGUCAGUCAUCUAGUUGCCACUAUGAGAUUAAAGCAGAAAAGCAUUCUCAUCUAGAUAAAACAGAGGAUUUGUGGUCUUGUGAGUUUGAAGAUAAGUUCAGUAUAUCUGCAUCAGUGGAUGUAGGAACAACAGAAAAUGCAUACCAUAGUUUGUCUGCUGAUAAUAAUAAUGGAGGAGCAGAACAUGUUGAUGAAAUCACUAGUAACCCUGAAAGCAGUGUGCAACCAUAUAAUGUACACUCCCAUGAGAGUGACCUAUUAGAACAGCUGCAUCACAGCCCAGGAGAAAAUGUGAAACAAGAGGAUAAUGUGAUAAAUUACUCAACACAGUGUAACAACAUGUCUGAGAGCAGGUCAGAACACAAUAUGGAGAUGAACGAAGCAGAAGCUUCAUAUAUCACUAAAAAUCCUACUUGUACUAGUGGGGAAGUUGCAAAUGUUGGAGAUCAAGAGGAUGGCAUGAUUAAUCUGCAGCAAUUGCUUAUGACUGGACUCCAAGAUAGGGAAAAGGUACUAUUAGAUGAGUACACUUCCAUCCUCCGAAACUAUAAGAAUGUAAAGCAAAGGCUUGCAGAAGUGGAAACAAAGAACCAGGAAUGCUUGAAUGAGAUGCGAGCUAUGAUAAGCGAACUAGAGUGUGCCAACGGAAUGAAGGAUGCUGAGAUUCGGUCACUUCGUGAGUUCUUGGAAUCUUUAGCUUACAAAGAUGCAUCACAAAGAGGUCAUAAAUUGAAUUCAACCAUGUCCCUAAGUGAGAAGAAUGGAAUGGUUAGGGGGCACCGAAGGACUACAAGUAUUUUGCAACUUCAUCAAAGAGCACAAAGUGUCUCCUCUAUUCCUAGGAGAAUAGAAAAUAAUUCUAGCCUGGAAAAUAACCUGAGUACCAAUUCUUCCAUGGAACCUGAUGCAGCACACGAUGCUGUUACUAAUCAAGAAAGCAUUAUUCUGGAGGAUCUCACAUCAAAAAAUGUAGUUGAGAUGGAGAAAGCAUCACCACUUGAAGAGAAGUUCAGAAGAAACAUUGACACAUUUCUGGAGGAGAACCUAGCGUUCUUGAUGAAGUUGAGCAUGUCUUUCCAACAGAUACAAGGAUUUCAGACCAAGUAUGAUCAGCUACAAUCUGAGAUCAGUAAGCUAACAAAUGGCAAGCUAAAGCCAAACAAGGAUGACACAAAUGAUUGCCCUGAAGACUCGGAAAUGGAAGCAACAAAAAAGGGGCUAAGAGAACUCAAGAUUGAACUGCAAGUAUGGUCGGAACAGAAUAUGAUGUUUAAAGGUGAACUCCAGUGUAGGUUUGAUUCCCUAUGCAACCUACAGGAAGAAAUUGAAGGAGCAACGGAAAUGGAUGAAGACACUGAGCGUGGAGCUAGAUUCACUUCGUAUCAAGUUGCAAAAUUCCAGGGAGAGGUCCUGAACAUGAAGCAAGAGAACAACAAAGUCGCUGAUGGACUGCAGGCUAGUUUGGAUCAUGUCAAAGGGCUCCAAACAGAACUUGAUAAGAUUCUGGCAAAGACUGUCAAUAGCACUAGCUUAUCUGGGCCUAAAGCUAGCAGCACUUGGAGGAAUGCACCCUCUAAAUCAAAAGUACCGCUCCGGAUGUUCCUCUUUCCAGCCAAGAAAAAGAAGACAUCGCUGUUUGCAUGUGUAAAUCCAGCGUACCUUUCAAAGCAGCACAGUGACAUGGCAUUCUUCACUAAAAUGAGCUAGGUAUGCAUGAUGGUCAGGUUUUCAGGAUCGAAUCAAGUUCAUCAUUGAACAAGCAAACAAGCCUAAAGAUUUGAUGUCAGGUUGUGGCCUUAAGAUUUGAUGCUCGUGGUAUGGGAGCUGUGGAGAGAAAGGAAUGGAAGAUUAUUCCGGAACAAAGCGGCCACCAGCGCAGCAAAUCGCCGACCUUUGGAUAGAGGCAGGUGCGCGCCACCUAGGAGAUUUAGUCCGCGAGUAAUUACUAUAUGUAAUCAGGCUAGAAAGACUGCGUCUUUUAUAUAUUUGUUUCAUCCCUAGUGUACGUUGUAAAAACAUCUCUUCUUCUUAAA